AUGCGCGCUCGGCAGCCUCCUCUCCACUCCGCGUCAGACAUGGGAGCUCUGCGCGCCGCUCCCCUCCUGCUGCUGCUGCUCCUCGUCUCCCCCUGCGGCUCCACGCACGGGGGUGACGCGGAGCACCGGGACGGGGAGGAUGAGGGUGACGUGGGCAGCGACGCGAGGCUCCUGGGAGACGGAGUCGAUGACGGCCGUGCGGACGAGAGGAGCGACGGCGAGGCCCACGGGGGUCUGGAGGGCGCCCACGAGGGCGGCGACGAGGGCGGCGACGAGGGCGGCGAGGAGGGCGGCGAGGAGGAGGAGCAGCAGGAGGAGCAGGAGGAGGAAGUGACUCCCGACGGUACCACCGCUCCGACAGACGGCGGCGGAAGCGACGAGGAGGAGGAGCAGGAGGAGAGGCCGGGAGGGACGGCCGAAGAAGAGACGGAGAUUGCUUCAGGGGAGGACGAGGACGAGGAGGAGUCGUCGCCUGAGAAGAGCGAAUCUUCACCUCGUCGCGACGAUGGUGGGAGCCGUGACGACAGCUCCUCGUCCACGGAAAGCCCGCCAGUGCUGCGGGCGCUGGGCGGCACGGGCGACGGCGCCCCCUGCGCCUUCCCCUUCCUCUUCCUGGGCCGCGAGUACGCCGCCUGCACCACCGACGGGCGCGACGACGGCCGCCUCUGGUGCGCCACCACCUACGACUACGGGCGCGACGCCCGCUGGGGCUUCUGCGAGACCGACGAGGAGGCGACGAGGAGGCUGCGUCUGCAGGAGGCGGAGGAGGUGUACCACUCAGCCAUGCGCGUCAUCAACGGCACGGGCGGGAAGAGCCGCAAGCGCGAGGGCUACAAGCUGCUGGAGCAUGCGGCGGAGCUGGGCAGUAUGCGCGCCGCCGAGCGGGUGGCGAUGGCGGCGCUGCUGGGGGAGUACGCGCGACAGGACGUGAGCACGGCGCUCGCCUCGCUGCAGACGCUCGCACAGGGCGGCUCCCCCAGGGCGCAGACGGCGCUGGGCUUCAUGUACGCCACCGGCAUCAACGUCAACUCCAGCCAGGCCAAGGCUCUGGUCUACUACACGUUCGGGGCACUCGGAGGAAACCUGAUGGCUCACAUGAUCCUUGGUUACCGCUACUGGGCGGGUGUUGGGGUUGCUCAGAGCUGCGAGUCGGCACUCACUCACUACCGCACCGUGGCCAACCAAGUGGCGAGUGACAUCUCUCUGACGGGCGGCUCGGUGGUGCAGCGGAUCCGUCUGCUGGACGAGGCCGAGUCCCCCGGCUCCAGCUCGGCCAUGCUGGACGACGACCUCAUCCAGUACUACCAGUUCCUCGCCGAGAAGGGCGACGUGCAGGCGCAGGUGGGGUUGGGCCAGCUGCACCUGCAGGGCGGCCGUGGGGUUGAGCAGAACUUCCAGAAAGCAUUUGACUACUUCCGGCAAGCGGCGGGCUCCGGAAAUGGCAACGCGCUGGCAUUCCUUGGCAAGAUGCACUCGGAGGGCUCGGACGUGGUCCCCCAGAACAACGAGACGGCGUUCCAGUACUUCAAGAAGGCGGCCGACAUGGGCAACCCCGUGGGGCAGAGUGGGCUGGGCAUGGCGUACUUGUUUGGCCGCGGCGUGCCAAUCAACUAUGACCUGGCCUUCAAGUACUUCCAGAUGGCGGCGGAGCAGGGCUGGGUGGACGGGCAGCUGCAGCUGGGCACCAUGUACUACAACGGGCUGGGCGUGCGCCGGGACUACAAGAUGGCCAUCAAGUACUUCAACCUGGCGUCGCAGUCGGGCCACGUGCUCGCCUUCUACAACCUCGCCCAGAUGCACGCCACGGGCACCGGCGUCAUCCGCUCCUGCCACACAGCCGUGGAGCUGUUCAAGAACGUGUGUGAGCGGGGCCGCUGGGCGGAGCGCAUGAUGGGCGCGUACGGCGCCUACCGCGAGGGCAACGUGGACGCGGCGCUGGUGCGCUACUUGCUGCUGUCGGAGCAGGGCUACGAGGUGGCGCAGAGCAACGCCGCCUUCAUCCUCGACCGCAAGGAGGCCCGUGUGGUGAAUGAGAGCGAGACGUACCCACGCGCGCUGCUCUACUGGAACCGCGCCGCCUCGCAGGGCUACACGGUAGCGCGGCUGAAGUUCUCAACGGUAUUACAUCUGGUGACAGAAGUGAACGACCACGAACAUGGACACGCGCCGGACAGCUCGAGCCGGGCAGCUGCUGAGGGCGUGGCCGGCCUGAACCUCCGGUCCGACAUCGGCCUCACAGGGGCUGCCGCGUCAUCACCAGCGAACGGAGCGUCACCACUGGUGCGACCGGCGAUGCCAUCCGUCGUUCGCGCCGAGGCGCAGACGAGUUACGGGGACAGCAAAGUGCGAGUUUCCACGGCGACCGCUGCGCUGCACCAACGGCUGCCUCCGCUCAAAGAAUUUGUGGGCGAGGAGGGCGACUGGGGCGGCUUCCAGCGGCGCUUCCUCGCGCACCAGGAAAUGGCGCAGUGGUCGGAUGCCGAGGCUCUCUGCGCGCUGCCGGCGCUCCUCGACAGCGACGCCCUCGCCGCUCUUACAUCGGCGCCGAAGGAAAAACGCUCCACGCUACAGAUGGCGCUGCAGUUGCUGGCUGCGGUCUACGGACCUUCAUCGGAAUGCAGGCAGCGUUUUUAUGAUCGCCAGCGGGGUGCAAAGGAGUCGCCCCUCGCGUACCGUACGAGUCUCCUGGCACUGGCGAAGACGGCCUUCCCUCGAAUGGACGACGAAGGCGUGGACGCGAUGGUAACAGAAAAGAUCCUCCUGCUGGCGGACGACCUGGACAUCGCCGUCGUUGCACAGGAGGACAGAAAUGGGUUCCCUCGAGGCGGCGCGGCUCCUCCACGCCAACCUGCUGUCGCAGCGACAGAAGGCCAGCAGGGCAGCGGCCGGGCGUACGGUGGCUGCAGCCACCCUCCCGGCGGAGGAGGUUUACGCCAUCGACCAUCGACAGCAGCAGAGGGCGGGAGUCCGGACGGGCCAGUGGUCGGGGACCCACCGGACCAGCGGCGGGGCCACUGGGGGGGCCACUGGGGGGGCCGCUGGGGGCCACUGGGGGGGCCACUGGGGGGGCCACUGGGGGGGCCACUGGGGGCCACUGGGGGGGCCACUGGGGGGGCCACUGGGGGGCCACUGGGGGGGCCGCUGGGGGCCACUGGGGGGCCACUGGGGGGGCCGCUGGGGGGGCCGCUGGGGGCCACUGGGGAGGCCACUGGGGGGGCCACCGGGGGCCACUGGGGGGGCCACUGGGGGGGCCACUGGGGGGGCCGUUGGGGGCCACUGGGGGGGCCACUGGGGGGGCCACUGGGGGCCACUGGGGGGGCCACUGGGGGGGCCACUGGGGGGGCCACUGGGGGCCACUGGGGGCCACUGGGGGGGCCGUUGGGGGCCACUGGGGCGGCCACUGGGGGGGCCACUGGGGGGGCCACUGGGGGCCACUGGGGGGGCCACUGGGGGGGCCGCUGGGGGCCACUGGGGGGUCGCGCCGGCGGCGUGAACUUUGCGCCUCGUCGCGUGAAUCCCCGCGCGAAAUCGCAGAGAUAA